GGCUCCUGCAGCUGUCCAUGGUCGUGCAGCCACAGAGGGUCCGGGUACGUGCAUGAUGCAGCCAUAGUCACGCUCCAGCGUCCAAACACCACAUCCGACCGGGAUCGUCGCUUUCGCCGUGAAUCCGAGCCGACUGUAAGCCUGUGGACCUGAGGCAUCAUGGCUGAGCAGCAGAGGCAACGCUCUCUGUCCACCGCCGGGGAGUCUCUCUACGUGGUGCUGGGAGUGGAAAAGGUGGCAACAUCGGAUGAUAUUAAGAGAUCUUACAGGAAACUUGCACUAAAGUUCCACCCUGACAAGAACCCAGACAACCCAGAGGCUUCAGAGAAGUUCAAGGAGAUUAACAAUGCCCAUGCCAUUCUGAAUGACCCCACGAAGCGCAACAUUUACGAUAAAUACGGCUCUCUGGGACUAUAUGUGGCCGAGCAGUUUGGAGAGGAGAAUGUUAACACUUACUUUGUCCUUUCAAGCUGGUGGGCAAAGGCUCUGUUUGUAUUCUGUGGUCUGGCUACCGGAUGCUACUUCUGCUGCUGCCUUUGCUGCUGCUGUAACUGCUGCUGUGGAAAAUGUAAACCCCGGCCUCGGGAGGGCCAGGACCAGGACUUCUAUGUGUCCCCCGAGGACCUGGAAGCUCAACUGCAAUCUGAUGAGAGAGAGGCUGGGGGUGAGCCCAUAGUGCUGCAGCCAUCAGCAACAGAGACCACCCAGUUAACAUCGGAUGGCCACCAUUCCUAUCACACUGACACCGGCUUCAACUAACCCUCCACUCCCCUCAGUCUUGGCCUCGGGUCCCGCCUGCUUCCCUGCUCCACCUCAGUGAGAUGAAAUAAAGAGGCAGUCCAUCUUUUCGCCUCUGAAGGAGAGCCAUGCAGAGGAGAGGGACUAGUAAGCAUGACCUAUGAAAGAAACUAAUGAAGUCACAUCCCUAGCACCAUUUCCUGGUUGUUUUACCCCCAAGUACAGUAAAAAAAGAGAAACAACUAAUUUGUUUCCCUUUUGGGCCCCUUUUUUUGUAUUUCCUAGCCUUUAUCCACACAGGUCGCCACCCCUACUUUCCCUUCCCCCGUAGUUGGCAUCAUGGUGUCGCAUGCACUAUGUAGAAAACACUUGACUGCAGAUUUUCUUUACACCUUGGCAACAUUUCUACUUAACAAUCCUCUUAAUGUAUGUGUAGUAAUGUUUAAAUUAGUGCCGCUCAAAAGGACAAGGAGGAGGUAAAGUUUACGGGAUAUUUAAGCUGAGCGAACGGUGAGCAGCAGAUCAGGGAGGUGGCAGUUGGAGACAUCAGUUUGCUUUGUGUGCCAUCAUUAUACCCUUGUCACCACCAUUUACAGUUUUCACUUCUGAUUUGCAAAAAAAAACACUUUACCAGUGUAAAAUGUCACCUUCCUUUGUGGGACUGAUGUGCCAUGUGUCGGUGCUGUCUGUCGUUUGUCUGCUCCUCCCAGGGGUUGUGAUGUGAGGCAUGAAGGCGUUGAGGUGCAGAGAUUUAUUUACAGACAGCUUGUCCUCAAAUUCCUGAUGACAUGAUGUGUCCCUUUUAGUUAUUAAUUGUUUUUUCUGUUCUUUACAAAGUCUCCUGCUACAGGGCGUUGACUGCUUUCCCUGUCUGGCAGAAGGUUGUUACUAUAAUUAAUUUCAUGGAAACCUGAAAUCGAUUUUCAUUAUAAAUUUGAUACGGUAAGCUUCCACCUCUACUAAAUUUACUCCAUGUCAUUGUUGUUUUGUCAUAUCAAAAACUGAAAAAAGGUUGAUAGUGGAUGCUUAAACUAAAAGAAGUCUUAGAACAGUGACAUUCAAUGACAUCGUUUUGAAUCACUUUAUAGUUUGUGAGAAGCAGCUAGGCUGCUUUUCUUUUUGGGGGGGCGGAGGGUCUUUUUAUAUGUAUAUCUUAAGAAAAUUGCGAAUCAUCGCUACAACUUAAGACUUAAAUGCAUUCAUUUUGGGAUCGUUAUUGCUGUUAUUUUAGCUUUACGUGCUCCACGAGGCCAAGGAGCUCCAGGUAAUACAGCUAUCGGCUAUCUCUGAUCAGAGUUGCUAAAAUGCAGAGACGACAUCAGCUGCAGCUGCAGAGGGUAAUAUGUUUUCAUAUGUUGAGAAGAUGUUAUUAAAAGAAAACCAAAAAAAAAAACAACACCGUUAAACUCUUUCCAGACGAUUAUAAUUAAUGUUGCUUUUUUGUGUUUUGAACCGAAGUUCGAUGAGUCUUACUUUUCGUCCGAUGCUGUGAUCGUUUAUCAUUGUUGGCUUUUUUUAAAAAUCCGUGUCGCGUAAGAAACUUCUCGGGCACGUCGCCUGUUAGCUGGCAAUACUGGCAGCUCUGAGAAAUAGAUAUACUUCCCUUUGCUCAUUUUACAUAUGUUGCCACACACGUUUGCCAUAAAUUACCAUUAAAAUCUGUCAGUUUCACAACUGCUAAUAAUGUGUUUCAAUGGUUUACAAUUGGUGAGCCCCUGUAGCCCACCCUCUGCUAUUAAUGGUAUGGAUGUUGACCUCUGUGGCCCUUGUAUGACAUUUCCUGUAACCCUUGAUGAAACAUAGAUGUUCCUGUCAUGGCUUUUUCAUUGAAAUACUGAAAAAUGCUACUGUAAAUGUUCUAAUUUGAAUGCACUGUGUGUUUGAAAAAAAUUAUAAUGGAUCAAUGAUCAGGAAAUUACUCCAUCAAAAGAUCUACAUAGUAUAUAGUGUAUCUAUAGUGAAAUGGUUAUAUGAUGCAUUUUUGUAAUUUUAUUUAUUUCAUACUGUCAUGUUUCAAAUGAUAAUUUCUUAUCAUUUAAAUGGUAUGGUGUUGUAAUGUAACCAUUACAUUUUUGCAAGGAAUGGUCUAAUGGUUAAGGUUGCUUGUACAUACACUUGGCCCAUAUAAAGUAUAAACCUUAACGUUUAUGUUGUAGCAUGGUAAUCGUGUGUCUGGAAGAAAACAAGUGGAUCAUUGAUCUGAUUUGCUG